AGAUACAGUCCUCCAGCUUCAGCGUGAGUUAGAUCCAGAAGGUGUGGACAUGAGGUCUUGCCAUCGGCUACCAAGGCGUGUCUACAUUAACAAAGGACCAAAUUAUCUCGUCCAUAUCGACGGUAAUGAUAAAUUAAAACCAUUUGGUUUUGCAAUUCACGGAGCCAUAUGCGGGUUCUCCAGGAAGAUAUUGUGGCUUGAAGUGUCUAACACGAACAACAAUCCAUACGUUGUUGCCUCUUACUUUCUGAAUUUUAUUGAAACGCUGCAAGGUGUCCCAAGAUGCAUCAGAAUGGACGCAGGGACCGAGAACGGUGUCAUUGAAGACAUGCAGAAAUCAUUCAGGUGGCACCACACUGAUGAAAUGGCAGGGGAGAGUUCUGUCAUAAUUGGAAGUUCUAAUUCAAACCAAAGGAUAGAAAGGUGGUGGAGAUCCAUGAAGGAAGGUGGCAUUGCUUUCUGGGUAGAUCUUUUCAAAGAUUUACAGAACACAAAUGCCAUCAAUUUUUCUGAUGAUUUUGAAAGGUAGAUACAAACUAUGCUACAGUUAUGAAGACAAUGACUCCGUCAUGACUCCGCUUCAAGACAUCCUUUUGAUUAGCUAAGAUCCGUGCGUAGGAUGCAGAGUCAUUCACUGAAUUCGUUAUGAUUUUCAAA